ACGUCAUUGGGCUUAAGCCCAAUUCUUAUUAUUCAAAAAAGCAAAAAAGAAAACAAACAUCAACUUUGGUUUUAACUUUUAAGCCACUAUCAUCUUUGUUCUCGCCGCUCUCUCUCUCUUACUGCCACUGACUCUUGCAACCCAGCCAUCAAGACAAAGACUCUUCCAGCCCGAUAACAACGGCUUGACUUCGACGGUAGCUGCCAUCAACGUUUUCUCUAACCUGCCCUCUCGUUGUGCCUCUUUUUCCGUUCAGCGGACCUGAAAGAGAGAGAGAAGGUGGUGAGAAGGAGAGAAAUGGAUAAGAAGGCAGAGAUAAAAAUACAACAACAGAAGAAGCAAGUUCAUCUCUUUUAUUGUGUGGAGUGUGAAGACCUUGCCCGUAAAGUAGCUGCUCACUCUGAACUCAUCACCCUUCGGUCCAUAAACUGGAGGAACUUUGAUGAUGGAUUUCCAAACCUUUAUAUAAACGAUGCACAUGACAUCCGAGGUCAACAUGUUGCCUUUCUUGCGGCUUUUAGUUCCCCAGGAGUCAUCUUUGAACAACUUUCUGUCAUAUAUGCUCUCCCGCGUCUGUUUGUUGCUUCCUUCACUUUAGUUUUGCCAUUCUUUCCGACUGGCUCCUUCGAGCGGAUGGAAGAAGAGGGGGAUGUUGCAACUGCAUUUACCAUGGCAAGGAUAUUGUCUAAUAUUCCCAUAUCAAGAGGUGGCCCCACUAGUCUAGUUAUCUAUGACAUACAUGCCUUACAGGAAAGGUUUUAUUUCGGGGACCAUGUUUUGCCUUUGUUUGAGACUGGGAUUCCUUUGCUAAAGCAACGUCUUCACCAGCUUCCUGACUCUGAUAAGAUUGUUGUUGCAUUUCCAGAUGAUGGAGCUUGGAAACGAUUCCACAAGUUGUUGGAUCACUUUCCCAUGGUGGUGUGCACAAAGGUGCGUGAAGGUGACAAGAGGAUAGUUCGGCUCAAGGAGGGAAAUCCUGCUGGUUGUCAUGUGGUCAUUGUUGAUGAUUUGGUGCAAUCUGGAGGAACCCUUAUUGAGUGCCAGAAAGUAUUGGCAGCUCAUGGUGCCGCAAAAGUUAGUGCAUAUGUCACCCAUGGUGUGUUUCCUAAUCGCUCAUGGGAACGUUUUACUCAAAAAAGUGACGGAUCAGGCAGUGCAUUUGCCUACUUUUGGAUCACAGAUUCAUGCCCUCUGACUGUCAAAUCCAUCGCAAACAAACCUCCAUUUGAAGUUCUGAGCCUUGCAGGAUCCAUUGCAGAUGCACUGCAAAUAUGAGCAAGAGCAACUUAUAUGCAACUUUAUGGUGAGAUACUGAUGCUUGCCCGUGAUAUAUAAAUAUAAUAACCAUAAAAGACUUGUUGAUUUUCUGGAAAACACCAGCCAUUUACCGAUGCCAUUGAAAUUGUUAUGGCAUUUGACAAUCCUUUAGUGCUUGUCUAUAAUUGAUAAUUUUGUGUACUUUAAUCAAAAUGACUGGAAUAAACAUUGUGACAAAUCAUGUGAGGUCCCUUAGUAUUCCCGAUUGUUAUUCUGAGCUUCUCUUUUCCCUUGUUUA